AUAAAAAAUACACCCACCUCUCUCUCCCCGACACUUGUAACGGACCACACUCUCCAUCUUUAUUUCUUGUUUUUUUUUUCUUUCUUUCUAGAAAGAAAAAAAUCUAUUUUUAAUUUUUUUCAAGAUCUGGUAAAUGAAUCUAUUUUCGGAGUUAAAAGAGCUGAUUUUUUUUAAUUCUCUUCUCUUAGUUUCAAUUACAUGAUUUUCUUGGAUCCUUUCUGUUUCUCGCUUGCUUCUUUGCUGGAUUUCCGAUCUAAGGUUUCUUCUGCUGCUACAUUGCACUACUUGCUUAAAUAAUCUUUUUUGUAAUGAGUGAUAACCAUGGAAAUAUUUCAGCUCAGAAGGUCCAAUCUCUUGCCUAUUUCUCAUCUUCAUACCCAUAAUCUUAGCAGAAAAGGUAAACUAUUUUUGUUACACAUUUUCAGCUUAGAAAUGUGGUGGAAGUUUAUUCUUUCAUUUUUUCACCCUGCAUUUUUCUCAAGCAUCCCAGCAGAGUCUGUUUCUUCUGCAUUGUUGUUGCUCAGUAACAGAAGUAACGCAGAAGGAAAGUAGUCUCUUGUUCGUUUCUCUUCAGAUUUUCUCAGGCAGUUGAGCAAAAUAAUAGCUGAAAUUCCGAAAAAAAUUAAAAAUUGUAGUGUUAAUCUUUUUGCUACUAUUUACGUGUGCAUUGUAGAGGUUGAUGAGGAGCUAGAUUGAGCUUUUGGCUUUGUUUCUUUGCUUUAGUUAAAGUAGGUUUUUGAUUGAGUUUCUUUAUGACCUUUUAAUUAUCUUUUCUCUGUAGUGGCAUGCCCAUGAUUUUGCUUGCUUCUUCUUUUACUAAUUCUCUGGCUAUAAAAACAUAUGCUUGCAUUUCUUUAAGCUGUACUCAUUAACCAUAUUCGAUAUUUUUAUUAUGUUUUUUGUUUUUAAGCUUCGCAUGCUCGAAAUGACAGUUAAUUGAUGAUUUCUGGAUUGGAUUAUUUUUAAUUUUUGCAAACAAUAUUUUGAAGAUUUUAAAUUUGCUACCCCCUUCCCUUUUACUUGUGACAGCAAUCCUCAUGGUGUGCAAGAAAUUCAUUUCCAGGAAACGGGCCGGUUCGGGAACCGAGAAUCUUCCCAUAUUUGGCCUCUGAUUCUAGUUCUUGUGGUGAUUCCCAUAUUUUAAAGAACUGUUCACUUGUGAGUUGGGGUGGAGAUCUCCAAAAAAGGCGGUUGGAACACCGACAAAGAAGUUAUUAGCAGAAGAGAUGUCAAGAGAAUCUGAAUCCAGAAGGUCUCCGAGUGUUAUUGCCAGAUUGAUGGGCCUUGAUGGGCUACCACUGCAGCAAUCUUCUCAUAAGCAUCCAAAGAAAUCCUUGGAGAACUACACCCAAAGAAUGGUAUUGGCAGAGAUAGCUCAAAGAAACAGAGGCUCAUAUGGUCGGCGGUCAUCCAGAAAAAGCUCCAAGGAUGAGCAAGAAUUUAAAGAUGUAUUUGAAGUUUUAGACACUUCAAAGAUGGAUAGUAGUAGUUACUCAUCAUGUGGAAAUGGACACUCAGAGCUCACAGCAGCUGAGAUGGCAUUCAUUCAGCAGAAAUUCACGGAUGUUAAAUGGCUUUCUACCGAUGAAAAACUUCAGAAUUCAAAAGAAUUUCAUGAUGCUAUUGAGGAUCUGGACUCCAACAAGGAUAUUUUGCUGAAAUAUCUUCAGCAGCCAGAUUCUUUGUUCACAAAGCAUCUGCAUGAUUUACAAGGUAUCCCUCCACAAUCCCAUUGCGGUCGGACUCACAUACCAGCUAAGAAGUCAUCAUAUCCUGCACACUGUGGGAGCAUUGGCCUAGGCUGUAAUAUAGAGAGAGAAAACCCAUUGAAGAAUCGAAGAAAACCUCAUGUUGAUCCUUCUAGCUACUCUUAUAGUAAGCUUGAAGCUCAAAAUCCAGUCAAGUUGUCAAAAGUUCAACUGGAUCAGAAAGAUGAAUCCGCCAUUCUCCCUACAAGGAUUGUUGUUCUGAAACCAAAUAUCGGAAAAAUGCAGAAUUCUAAGAAAAAUACCUCAUCAUCUCAAUCUUCUCAUGCAUCACCUUCAGAUUGUAGGAAACACACUGAAACUCCUAGUAUCAAGAAAAAGGAGGUGGUGUCAUGGGGAAAGAAAAGUUUUCCUGAUGACGCAGGGCCCUUAAGGUAUAAGUCUAGAGAAUCUAGGGAAAUUGCAAGGGAAAUCACCAGGAAAAUGAGAAAAAAUUUCAUAAACAGCUCCAUGAAUUUUUCAACUUCUGGUUUUAGAGGCUAUGUCGGGGAUGAGAGUUCAACUGAAAAUGAGUCUGCAAAUGAAUCAGAGGAGACCGCAGUGAAUUCCAGAAAUUCCAUUGAUUGGAGUAACCGAAGCAUACCUUCAUCAUCAUGCUCUAACGAAUCAUUGGUGAGCAGAGAGGCCAGGAAGAGACUCUCAGAGAGGUGGAAACUGACUCAUAAGUCUGUGAACAUGGGAAUUGUUAGUCAGAGCAGCACACUAGGUGAAAUGCUUGCUACCCCCAACUUGGGAACAAGGCUAGGAAAUUCAGAUGCCAUGAUCUGUAAAAAAGUAUUCAGUGAUGACGUUGAUUGCAAUCAUGGAACAGUUAGGUGGGAUGAACCUUUGGGUAUUAGCAGCAGGGAAGGCUGGAAGGAUGUUGGUACUGGGAAUCUUUUGAGAUCAAGGUCUGUGCUUGCUUCAUCUACUAUUAUCAGUAGUCCUAGAAUAGACAAGCGCCGUGAAAAUGUUUCCCAUGACAGUUAUAUGAUCCCUAGACAAGUGAUCUGGCAGGAAAGAAACAGAACAAUAAAAGGAAAUUUCAAUAAGAGAGAAUGUUCGUCUUCUAGAAAUUCCAGAUCACGUUCUAAGAAAUCUCACAUGUCUAGCUGCUCGUAUAGAUAUCACAGUGAGACUUCCUUGGAUAUUAAUUUUGGCCAGGAUCAAGUGCAGAGUGACAUUGCAGAAUAUGAUUCACUGGAACAAAUUUGUACAGUUUCUGAGACACCAGCUUCUCUUGUCACAGAUACAGGUUUAGUUUUUGAAACUAUGGUGGAUGUGGUAAUUGAGAACAAAGCCAUGCAAUCUAAGCCUAUGGACCAAGAAUCAUCGACUUAUAUGUUGGUAAAAGGCAAUUCCUCUGCUAGUGAUCUAGAAGUUUCAAGCUCAAAGGAACCAUCAAAUGGGCCGUCUAAGAAAGGUUCAAUUCCCAUGCAGCACUCUGUAGCCGAAGUAGAAACUCCAGCAAGCUCGAAGGAGGCUGAUCAGCCCAGUCCUGUCUCAGUUCUUGAAACUCCUUUUCCAGAUGACCUGUCAUCUGGUUCUGAGUGCUUUGAGGGUCUCAACGCUGACCUGAAUGGACUUCGGAUGCAGCUUCAACUUCUUAGGUUGGAGUCGGAAGCAUACGAGGAAGGACCCAUGCUCAUCUCUAGUGAUGAAGAUGUCGAGGCGGGAUCUGUUGGCUUUACAGAAGCAGCACAAGUAGCUGAGGAGAGCUGUGAAUUUUCCUACAUAGCAGAUGUACUGGUGGACUCCGGUAUUAAUGAUGGCGACCCUGAUACAUUCCUGAGAACAUUGCACUCCCCAGAAUGGCCAGUCAAACCAUUGAUAUUUGAAGAAGUCGAGAAGAAGUACUGUAAUCAUGCAAGUUGGCCAAGGUCUGAACGGAGGCUGCUGUUCGACCGUCUAAAUCUUGCUCUUCUGGUGAUUUACCAGCAAUAUGCAAAUUCACACCCUUGGGUGAGGUCUGCAACUGUGAUUGGUCCCAAGUGGAUAAAAAACGGACUCAAGGAUACUCUGUGCAAAUUGGUUGCUAGCCAUGAUAGGAGAGCUAACGAGGACAUUGCAGCAGAAAAAAUACUGGAAAGGGAAUCGCAGUGGUUGGAUUUGAGGGAGGACGUUGAUAUUAUAGGUAGGGAAAUUGAGAGGCUACUGACAGAAGAGUUGGUAAGAGAGCUAGUAGCAGUGUAGGGAUGGAUUUUGCACACGAGUUCCUUGAGAUAAUUUAGGAGGUAAGAUAUAUAUACUACAGAAAUGUAGGAAUGAAAUUGAUGAAUUUCUCAUUUCAUAGAAAACAAAAUCCAUAAUAACAAAUAGUUCAACAUGUUUUUUUUUUU